AUGAAACUACAGCAGAAAUUUAAGGACGCUCGUCAACUGGAAAGCUGUAGAUUUACCAAAGAAAUAAUUUGUGAGAAGAAGAAGGCAGGCAAGAAUAGGGAAAUGGCUCAGUAUUUCUGGACAAAGUGGCGCAAGGAAAAGGCACAAAGGCAGAAAGACAUGUAAGUCAAUUUAGCAGCACAUUUUUUAUGAAGGGCGACUUUGAUAGUUAGCCUAUAUAACCAACAUACAUGUACAGUGUAAAAAAAUACUGUAUGGCUCAUUUAAUGCUGUGCAUUGUACUUUCAUGGAUUAAAUAUUAACAAGAUACACUAGCACAUAGUUAGGUUAACCAUUAACAUUGCAUGACUACCCCCUUAACAGGUAAAAGCAUCUGGUAUUAUAAUCAUCUGGCAUUAACCCAUUAAGCUGCAGAGCUUCCCCAUUGACGAGUAAAAUCGUCUGGCAUUAGACAAGUAAAAAAAAUAAGUAGGGCGCACUGGGGCGCAUUGCGGCUCAAUGGGUUAACUAGAGACAUUGUCAGAUAUUUUGGUUAACCCAUUAAGCUGCAGAGCUUCCCCAUUGAUGAGUAAAAUUGUCUGGCGUUAGACAAGUAAAAAAAAUAAGUAGGGUGCACUGGGGCGCAUUGCGGCUCAAUGGGUUAAUAGGGGUUGGUAGGGGUUUAGAUCAGAAAACACUCCCAAGAGUGUGGGGGAUUAAAAGCUUUUAGAAUUUAUUUAUCCCCAGGACAGGGUAUGGGGAUUGGAUAGGGAUUAGUAAUGAGCCAGUUGUCGAUUUUUCAGCAGUUGUUCAUCUUGAGUGGCGUUUAAUCAUUAGCUUGUAUUAUCUUAAGAAUAUAUAAACAAUAAUAAUAUAAGGUAUGAGCUUAAUGUAAGAGACGGCAUGGGCGUAAUGUAAUGCGCGAAUCAAAUCGAAACCUUGACAUCCCCCCCCUCCGGGCAUACCUGGAGAAUUUGCUUGUUUAGUAUUUUAAGAAGGCGGGAAUUUGACUUUUUUUCUAGUGGAAGGUGGGGAAUUUGAAGGGGGUCGGGAAUUUGAAUUUUUCUUUUAAACACGUGUGCAGAAUCCAAAAUGGCGUCAAUAAUUAAUGGAUGAGUUCAAAGUCUUCAAGUGCAAAGGAAUUAACUUUGUUCUUGGUUGGCUACAAGAAAACGGCUUUGAACGAUUGAAGAGAGUUUUUGAAGGAAAGAAAAACUUUGAAAUUCCAAAAUUGCGAAAUGCUGUAGCUUCCAAUUUGUACAUGGGGUGGGGUAUUUGAACUCCAAUUUUCCCCAAUACGUGGUGUAUUUGAACGGGAAUUACAAAUAUAUGUAGGGAAUUUGACCUGACCAAAACGUCAAAAUCCAAAUUCCCGGGGGUAUGCCCGGGGGGGGGGGGGAUGUCAACGUUUCGAUUUAAUUCGCGCAUAAGAGACAGCAUGCUAUGCAAACUUUAAAUACCACCUGGUCCUCCUUGUUCAUCACUCUAUUUGGAUUAUUUUGCAGACAACUUCAUGAAAUAGAAAGGUGUAACCUCAAGGAUGUUCCAGAACAAGAUGUCCUAGGUAGUGGAGUUUUUGGUUAUUGCAAGAAAAUGUUAUACCGAGGACAUGUGGUAGCUGUAAAAUUCUUCAACAAAACAUCACUUGAUGCAGUUAAGAAGGAAGCUAGCAUGAUUCAUACUUUUGACAAUGAAGGUAUAUUAUGUAUAUGUGCAAUUUUGCUUAAACAUCCUAGGGGCAGUUUAACCAUUGUCAUGCAAGAGUCUCCUCUUAACGAUCGCAAGUAAAUACUCUGACACAUAGUCCAAGUAAAAAUAUAAUGCACGGUGCAUGAAAUCGCAUUGCAGUUUAGUGGGUAACCCAUUAACAGGCAAGACUUUCCCAACGGCAAGUGAAAUUGUCUGGCAUUAGCCACAGGACAAAAAUAUAAUAUGUACUGUAGGGUGUGUGAAAGUGAAUUGCAUCUUAAUCGGUUAACAAGAGACUUUCAAUUGGCAGAUAGUUAGGGUAACCAUUAACAUAUGCAAGACUUUCCUCUCAGGAAGUAAAAUUGACUGGCAUUAGCCACAGUAAAAAUAUAAUGUAGGGCGCAUGAAAGCACAUUGCGGCUUAAUUGGUCAACAAGAGCACCAAUUGGCAGAUUGUUAGGGUAAUCAUUAACAUGCAAGACUUCCCCCACAGCAAGUAAAAUCAUCUGUCAUUAGCCACAGAGUAAAAAUAUAAUGUAGUGCGCAUGAAAGAUAAUUGUGGCUUAAUGGGUUUAACAAGAAACAUCAAUUGGUGGAUAGUUAGGAUAACAUUGCAAGACUUUACUUUCUGCAUGUAAAAUUGUCUGGCAUUAGCCAGAUUAAAAGUAUAAAGUUGGCCACAUGAGAGCACAUUGUGGUAUAUUAGGGUAAUUGUGUGGUUGCCAUGCUUGCCGGUGUUUCAAAAGUUACAUCUUGCCAUGUACUUAAUUACUUGCAUAGUGACAAUAGUUUCCCAUUCUUUGGGAAUCAUGAUACUCUAGCUCUGUGAGUAAGAAAUAAAAUGUUCCAUUGUAAUAUGUUGUACAAUUAGUAAUAAUAAUAUUUAUAACUAAUUAUUACAGUACUUAGAUGUACAGUAUUAUUAUUAUUGUGCAUUACAAACAAUACAAAUAUUCUGAGCAUCUUAACUAACUAGAUGCUUCUAAAUUUCAAUAGGUCUGCCAUACAUAUUUGGCAUCAAUGUGAAAUCCAAGCCAUACUUCAUUGUCAUGGAGUGCUAUGGAAUUGAUGGUCGGUCAAUAACUCUUGCAGAAGCUGCAAAGACCAGCAUGUUUACAUCUGAGAGGCAGUGGGUAGAUGUGUUAUUGGCGUGUGCAAAAGCUAUUUCUCAAAUUCAUACAAAGGGCUAUAUCCACUGUGAUCUAAAAGGUGACAACAUUGUAAUUAAUAAAGUAGAUAAGGGUUUUUACCCAAUUGUUAUUGACUUUGGGAAAAUGCAAAAGGCUUGUGAGGCAAAGAUUAAAAAGCUAUCUACCGUUGAACAAGAGAAGUAUAACAAAUAUCACAAGCAUAUUGCCCCAGAAGUUGCGCAAGGCACUCAUCCUCCUACAAAAGCAAGUGAUAUCUAUGCAUUUGGCUUAGUUAUCUCCUUAAUAUGCUUUUACCAUAAAAUUGAAAAUUUACGACUCAUUGCUGUGACUUGCAUCAAUGGAACACCAGAGCGCAGACAUACAAUCGAUCAAAUAAUUGACCAGCUGCAGAGCUUAUAA